AUGGCAGUGGAAAUGGUAAAACUGCUCCAGGUCCAUGCAUUUCGAGUCCUGGUGAUUUUACAAGCCAGGGUUGCCUGUGAAGGUCUUAUUAAUGCUCUUAUUCACCCUCCAAUGUUUGAAGCAGCUUUUCAACUUGAUCCUAAUGGUUCUGAUUUUGGCAAGGACAAAUCAUUGAAGUUCCUACAGCUCUGGAUCUAUCGAAGGCCUGGAGGAGUACUAGAUAUUUGUGUGUACAUGUUUGAACUCUACAGGCCAAAAUUCUCAUGGAAAAACUUCAGGAGCAUACAAAUGGUGAAAACAGAAGAACAAAUGGAAUAUAAGUACGGCGAGGCUUGCUUUUGUUUCUGUUUCUAGUAUUAUGUACCAUUUAGACUUAAAUUUUUGUUUUAUUUCGACAUGUUAUGCAUAGAAAUACUUGGGAUGUUGUUAUGUACUUUGAGCAUCAACAUUAAUCAAAAUUUA